AUGAAAUUGUACUGUUUGAGCAGCGACGCAGCGAAACCAUGUUUCGUGUUGUCUUUCAAGGAGCUGCUAAUAAUGUUGGACUGUGGGCUGUCGGCGCACUCAGUACUUAACUUCCUACCUCUGCCGCCGGUGCCGAGCACGCGUCUGGCAUCUCUUCCCACUUACACUCCACCUCAUAUAAAUGAUCCUUUACUUGAAGGGGAAUUGAAGGAGUGCUGUGGACGUGUGUUUGUGGACAGCGUGCCAGAAUUCUGCCCCCCCUUGGACAAGGUGGUGGAUUUCUCUCAAUUAGAUGUCAUUCUAAUCUCUAACUACACAUGCAUGAUGGCCCUGCCAUUCAUCACAGAGGAGACGGGAUUCAAAGGACAAGUGUAUGCCACUGAGCCCACUCUGCAGAUUGGAAGGUUCUACUUAGAAGAGCUGUCAGAGUGGCUGAGCGAGGGCGGCGCUACGGGCGAGGGCGGACCUGGGGCUCGGCGCUGGAAGGAGCUGGUACACCUGCUGCCGCCGCCGCUGGCGCAGGCGGUCCGGCCUCGCGCCUGGCGCCGACUGUUUUCGGCGGCGGCGCUGGCGCGCUCAUUGGCUCGCGUUCGCGUGGUCGGUUACGACGAGCGCGUCGACCUAUACGGCGCGCUCGACGCGACCGCCGUCUCCUCCGGCUUCUGCCUCGGCUCGGCCAAUUGGGUGCUGCGCUCGGCACACGAGAAGGUCGCCUACGUGAGUGGUUCGAGUACGCUCACGACGCAUCCGCGCCCAAUUAACCAGGCGGCGCUGCGCGGCGCAGACCUGCUCGUGCUGGCGGCGCUCACGCAGACGCCCGCGCACAACCCGGACCACAUGCUCGGCGACCUGUGCGUGCACGCCGCGCUCACGCUCCGCUCCGGCGGCUCCGUGCUCCUGCCCGUGUACCCGAGUGGCGUGCUCUACGACCUGCUAGAGUGCCUGUCGGCGCACCUCGAGGGCGCCGGGCUCGGCGGCGUGCCGCUCUACGUGAUCUCGCCGGUGGCCGACGCGUCACUGGCCUACAGCAACAUCCUGGCCGAGUGGGUGUCGGGUGGCAAGCAGGCGCGCGUUGCUUUGCCCGAAGAGCCCUUCCCUCACGCGGCGCUCGCUCGCGCCGGCCGCCUGCGCCACGCCAAGGCGCUCCAUCACCUCCCCGACUUCCGCCAGCCCUGCGUCGUCUUCGCCGGACACCCCAGCCUGCGUUUCGGCGCCGCCGUGCACCUGCUCGAGCUGUGGGCGUCGAACCCGGCGCACGCCGUCAUCUUCACCGAGCCGGACUUUCCGUACGUCGAAGCGCUGGCGCCGUUCCAGCCACUCGCCAUGAAGGCGUUCCACUGCCCGAUCGACACGUCGCUGAACUACUCGCAGGCGAACAAGUUGGUCCGCGAGCUGCGGCCGCGCGAGCUCGCGCUGCCCGAGCAGUACGCGGCGGGCGGCGGGGCCGGGCGGCCGCACGUCGGCGCCGAUGUGCCGACGGUCGUCGUGAAGCGCGGCGCGGCCAAGGCCGCUACGGUCCGGAGGCGGGCCGCGCGCGGUACGCUCUGCGGCACACUGGCGGCGCGGGCGGUUCCGCGCGAGGUGGCCGGCGGCUCGGGUGGGCUGCGGGCGGCACCGCUGGCGGCCGAACUGAGGGUGCGCGACGCGCGAGUGGAGCUGGUAGCCCCUCCCGCGCCGGCCCGAGCGGCCCCUCUGCACUGGAGCAGCCCGGACGUGGAGGCGCUGGUGCGGGCGCUGGCUCGCGAGGGGGGUGGGCCUCACGCCACGCACGUCUUCUGCGAGGGUCGUCCGGACGUGCGCCAAGCGCUACGCCGCGCGCUCGCCGCCUGCCUGCCGCACGUGUAG